AAUCUUCUGCACUUCCUCAUUUAGCAAGGCUCAGAAAAUGAAAAUGAAAAAAGGAAUUGCCACGUUAUGCGCGUGUGUUGAAAUGAGUCAAAAAGAUCAUUUUCGUUUAUAAUUAAAGUGGAUGACUAAAGUUAACCUUCUCCCUUCUGAUUGCCUCGAUCCUUCUCAACUGGUACGCCUAGUGUCUAGGUAUAUAAACAUCCAAAGGGAGUUCUUUUGAAAGUACAUACUUUGUCAUGGCUCAUUUCAUGGGUGAUGCAACAAGUUUUUGUUGGGCCGUGGACAGUGCCAUAAGUAGUGAGAGCGCCUCAAAUCUGGGAGCAUCCCCUCCCCAUAGUUUUACUUCGGUGGUGGACAAUGCAUUGAGAAGUAGUUCUGCUUCUGAAGCAAAUUUUCUCCCCAGCUUCACUUCGGAGGAGGACAAUGUGAUAAGGAGUAGUAAUGGAGAAAGAACAGACGUGCGCGUUGAAGGGUCAUCACCAGUGGCGUCCAAUUACACAGAAAAUGUUGUUAAAGGCUUCCAAUUAUUCCGCAAGGCUGAGCUUGUAGCAGCGACCAACAACUUCUCACUUGAGAACAAGAUUGGUGGUGGUGCUGUGUUCAUAGGCAAACUCCUUGAUGGUCGUGAGGUUGCAAUCAAGAGGGGACCAAAGAGAAAGACCCCAUUUGAGUCUGAAUUGGCCUUCUUGUCUCGCCUACACCACAAGCACUUGGUUGGACUAGUUGGGUUCUGCGAAAGGAGACAUGAGAAGCUCUUAGUGUAUGAGUACAUGAAGAAUGGUUCAUUGUAUAAUCAUUUGCACGAGAAGAAGAAUGUGGAGAAGGGUAGCAGUGUGUUGAAUGAUUGGAAAAUGAGGAUAAAAAUUGCUUUGGAUGCUUCCCGGGGAAUACAAUAUCUUCAUAAUCAUGCAGUUCCAUCAAUUAUUCACAGAAACAUAAAGUCUUCUAACAUUCUUAUUGAUGCUAGUUGGACGGCAAGAGUAUCAGGGUUUGGAUUGUGUUUGAUGAGUUCAGAAGUUGAGCGUCACCAACAAAUAGAAGGAAACGUUGGAUACAUUGACCCUGAGUACUACGGUUUAAAUGUAUUGACGACAAAGAGUGAUGUGUAUGGGUUUGGAGUUGUACUGUUGGAACUUUUAACAGGAAAGAGAGCUAUAUUCAGGUAUGGCGAAGAUGGAGGCAACCCAGGGACAAUAUUUGGAAGUUUUAGGAGUGUAGUGGACUUUGCGGUGCCUCGUAUUUCGGGCGGAGAAUUCAUGGAAAUUUUGGAUCCAAGGGUUGGACCACCUGGUGUGGACGAGACAGAGGUAGUGGAAUUGUUGGCCCAUAUAGCUAUCAAUUGUGUGAACAGGAAAGGCAAAGAUAGACCAUCCAUGGCUCACAUUUUGGUCCAGUUAGAGAGGAGAGUUUCGUAUUUUCAAUCUAUACUUUAGAAAUAAAUAUAAGAGAUAUAUGUAUGUUUAGUCAAAUUUUAACUUUUGUUUUAUAUA